GUUUUAGAGAACUGAAUAAGUGUGUUCACUGAUCCCGCCAAAAAGUUAUUUAUUUCCGCGGAUUUAGAAAAACUCGAUGAAAAACUAAUAAAACAAGUGAAAAACUGAAGACAACGUCAAUAUAAUGAGUCCCACAAAUGCGUCGCAGCCAGAUCUUAGCAUCGACGAUGAAGACGAGAUACUGGCGUUGGAGAAACUGCUGGGCGCAGCGGAAGACGACAAUGCAAACGCAGCGAAAAGUGAAAAGCCGGAGAAACCCACUUUGGCCAACGCAGUGCCUAAACUGAGGGAAGACAGCAGUUUUGCGGAAGCAUUCAGCUAUGAGAAAACAGUCCAGCCAGCGAAGAAGUCCAUUAAGGAGGUAAGAGUGGGCGCGAAGGAGCCGGAGGUGGACUCUUCUGACGACGAGGAUGUCAAGAAUUUCCUGGAACGCAAGUAUAAUGAAUACGGAAGUGACAUCAACCAGAGCCUGAAGCAGCAGCGGGAGAACGCCCACGAGUCCCGGGUGGCCAGGGAAGUGGAUCAGGCCCUGAAGGCGAGCAGCACCAAGAUGGUUACCUCCACACCACAGCCGCCGCUAAAGAAUCCCCACAAUCCCAUCAAGCGCCAGUCUGCGGUGAGCAGCUCGUUUCAGAGGCCACCCACAGCUGCGGCUGCCGUGUCCUCGUCAUCCCAAUCAAGUGCUCCCGCUUCUGCUGUUUAUACAGAUCCGGUUUUUGGACUGCGCAUGAUAAAUCCGUUAAUCUCGAGCUCACUCCUCCAGGAGCGCAUGGCUGGCAGGAAAUCGGUGCCCUUUGCCGGUGUAGCCUUUCACAUAGAGCGUGGUGACCUGGCCAAGGAUUGGGUUAUCGCGGGAGCUCUAGUCUCUAAGAGCCCUGUGAAGAACACCAAGAAAGGCGAUGCCUUCUCAACGUGGAAACUUUCCGAUCUUCGCGGCGAAAUCAAGACCAUAUCAAUCUUCCUCUUCAGGGAGGCGCACAAGUCGCUGUGGAAGACGGCUGAGGGCAUGUGCUUGGCUGUAUUGAAUCCCACAGUAUUUGAGAGGAAAGCCGGUAGCUCUGAUGUGGCAUGCCUCUCUAUUGACACCUCCCAGAAAGUGAUGAUCCUUGGACAAAGCAAGGAUUUGGGCACCUGUCGAGCCACGAAAAAGAACGGAGAUAAGUGCACAUCGGUUGUCAACGCCACCGAUUGCGACUAUUGUGUGUUUCAUGUGAAGCAGGAAUACGGCAAGAUGUCCCGCCGUUCCGAACUGCAGUCUGCUACCGCUGGACGUGGCCUUAACGAGCUAAGAAAUAAGGUGUUGGGUAAAAAUGAAGUGUUUUAUGGCGGCCAAGCCUUUACCGCUGUUCCCGCCAAGAAGAGCGCUAAACUGAUCAACAAGGAACGCGAUCGUCUGAGCAAGCUGGCUGGCUACGAUGUCUCACCUUUUGCCCAUGCUGUUGAUCAUGCCUCUAAACCCAAGACAGCAGAGAAGCCACAAGUGCCAUAUGCCGAGCGAACCGGGCCCGUUUCCCGCAUGGCCGGCGGUGUGGAGGCUCCAAGUAAGCAGCGAUACCAAGAUCUUGAACGAUUGCGUCUGCUGAAAGCGGAAAAUGAGCGUUUUGAAAAGGAAAAAGCGGCAAAGGGUCAGGUUCUAGGAGGAGGAACUAGUCAGACAACACCCAGUAGAGAUGCGCCAAGUACACCCACCACACCCAUUACACCAGUGCCGGAUAAGUUCAAGAAUCGCGGCUUCUCAUUCGAUGCCAGCCUAACGCCCAAGCUUUCAGGCAGCGAGAACUUUUCUUUUGAAAUUAAUGUGGGCCCAAGGCAGGCUGCCAGCGCCAAAAUGAAGGCAGCAGCGUUGCUAAAAAAGAAGCCUCUAGAGAAAGUCAAUCCCAACUCCACAAGGGGCACGGAAACGGGCAAAAGGCGGGCCAUCGAUGAGCUCAAUGAGAAAUUCUCGAACAGCGCCAAGCGUCAGAAGAUUGAGGAAGAGGAUCGCGAACUAAUGCGUAAAUCUCGCAUCGAAAAGAUCAUGGCUGCCACCUCAACGCACACAAAUCUUGUGGAGAUGCGAGAGCGUGAGGCACAGGAAGAGUACUUUAACAAGUUGGAGCGCAAGGAGGCCAUGGAAGAGAAGAUGCUGAGCACUUACAAGAUGCCCUGCAAGGCCGUCAUCUGCCAAGUGUGUAAAUACACUGCCUUCUCGGCUGCCGAUCGGUGCAAGGAGGAGAAACAUCCCUGAAGGUGGUUGAUGCCGAAAGCGUUUCUUCCAGUGCAAAGAUUGUGGGAAUCGUACCGCCACAGUAUUCAAAUUACCCAAACAGAGCUGCAAAAACUGCAAGGGUUCCAAAUGGGAACGAGCGGCCAUGAUACGAGAAAGGAAAGUGCUUACCGGUCGCGAGUCCCUGUCUGUGCGUGGUGAUGAGGAGUGCUUCCUGGGCAGUGUGGCCAACAGUGCCAAUCUCAAUCUGCUAGUUCCCGACGAGGAAUAAACCAGGCAAGAUUUUGAUUAUUAUUUUUAUAGUUUAGGGUUAUUUUAUGUAUUUUAUGUAUUUUAAAGUUUAUUACCAAAUAUUUACAGUCUGUUUUGAUGGCUAUUUGGCAUAAAUAAUUAAGUACAAGGCUUUCUUUUUUAAAUAUAAAUUUGUGUGCCUGUGAGAGACUGUUGGUGCAGGCUAUAAAUACAGAAAAGAUGUACCAGGUGUACACAGUAAUGAUAAUUGUGAAAGUCCUUUAAAUAAAUUUGAUAUCAUAGAUGUGUGACUGAAUGCAAAAAUCAA